AAUGAGGUCAGUUAAAGCUUGCAAACACAAAGGAAAUUAUUGAUAUUGUAGCAAUUCUGGAGAUAUUUUGUUUAAAAUGUAAGGGUGCAUAUUUUUGAUUUCUCAAAGAAAACAAUUAAAGUCUUAUUAGUGUGGUAAAUAUAAAUGAGAAGUUUUAAUUGAAGUGUGAAUGUGUAGACAAGAAGAUAAACAGCAGAAUCAUUCCCAGUCAAAGUUUCAGACACAAAGCAAUGAGGAGCAGCCUGGAGCAACACAUUUGAUCUUCAGUGGCUUUACAAAGGACCAAGUGAUGGCAGAACUGAAGCCAUAUGCCUCAAAAGAGAAAGGUACAGCAAAGCUCUUCAGAAUGCUAUUCAAUAUAGAAGAGAUUAAAGGCCGCUCAUUGUUUGGUAUGAGGAAAGGGAACAGAGAGUCUGACGCCAGACCUUCUUGUGCAGACAAGGCAAAACUUAAGUUCUUGGAAGAUUGUGCGCUCGAAAAGUUGCCGACAACCUAAAGGACUGAACUCAAACCAUCCAGGAAUAGCAAGAUAAACUGAAGAAAAUAAAUGGACUAAUGUUUUGCUAUUUUUUUGAGACAAUAUAUAACUUCAUAAGGAAACAUUAAAAAGGAUUAUUUUUAAAAUUUGUUUGUUUCCAAUUUAGGGUACAGGGUGACUUUCAAGCAGUUUCCAGCUAUUGCCACCCACAAGGUGGAAAAUUUCUGAAAGGGUGAAAAUAGGUGGCAUUUAGUGGAAACUGAAUUUGCCACUAUCUGGUGGCAAAAUGGUGGAAAAGUGUCUAAAUACUCCACCAAUUUUCCACCCUUAUGGUGGCAAAAGGUGGAAAUAAGUGGCAUUUGGUGGAAAAUAAGUUUGCCACUCAAUGGUGGCAUAAUGGUGGAAAUUUGUCUAAAUACUCCACCAAUUUUCCACCAUUAUGGUGGCAAUAAGUGGAAACAAGUGGCAUCUAGUGGAAAAUGAGUUUGCCACCCUAAGGUGGCAUAAUGGUGGCAUUAUGGUGAAAGUUUGUCUAAAUACUCCACCAAUUUUCCACUCAUUGGUGGCAUUUAGUGUAAAAAAGGUGGAAUUAACUGGAAAAUUAUAUAACAUCAGUCCUGCUCAAAUUUUUCACCAUUUUCAUGAUUUGGGUGGCGUUUUGGUGGCAUUAUUGGUGGAAAAUUGUCUAAAUACUCCACCAUUGAAAAGGGUGGCAUUUUAGUGGCAAAUCUAGGGACGGGUU